AUGGCCGCUUCCCGUGAACCAUCACAGCUCUCCAUCAAUCAUUUAUUCUUCACAUUUCUGAUAUCUUCGCUCCUUCUCCCAGCACACGGUCCCGAACGUCGCCACGUCCUUCCAUCUGUUAUACUCGACCCGCAGGCCAGCCAGCAGCAAGCCGCCGCCGACAUUGCAUCACACUUCCUGAAUAUGGAGUGCUCCAAUUGCAAGCGCAAUUUUGCCUGGCAUCUUCACGGCCGGGACGGUUGCCAUUACCACAGUGGCUUCCUCCAGCCCAUGGCCUCGACGUCCGACGACAUGAUGGACACGGAACCCAGCAUGGAAGAUUUUCUUCGGAGCCGCCGAUGGUCCUGCUGCCAACAAGCGGGCAACAACCCGGGAUGCAACUGGGGCCGCCAUCAGCUCCGCCAACCACGGUCCCUGGAGCCCCCGACGGGCGUGCGUACCGGCGGCAACGCGUUCCACGGCGCGAGGGGGAUGAAGAGGCGGAGCUCCGACGACAGCGACUCGGACAGCAGCAGCGGCAGCGGCGCCGAGUCGUCGAUCGGCUCGCGAAACAUGGCCGCGGGGUUUGGCGUCAAGAUGCGAAGGCUCGACCGGCGGGACGGCAUGGGCGCCGCGACGUUACGCGACGGCCGGCAAGAGGGGACUCUUUCGUUUUUCGCAACGGCGCAUUCGGGGUAA